UGCCCCCAGAGAAGCCCAAGAACCUAAGUUGCAUUGUGCAUCAGAGGUCAAAACUCACAUAUCCUAUGACUUGUACCUGGAACCCUGGAAGCCAUACGUUCCUGGACACUGAGUUUAGGUUGAAAUACAGAUGGCCACAAGAUAACUUUCCUGACUGCAUACCAAAAGAUGUUAACAAUUCUUGUACGAUUGCUGAUGUUCAGUUCUUUGUUAACCUGGAGGUCUGGGUGGAAGCAACAAAUGCUCUUGGGAAGGCUGAAUCUGAUCCUCUUGUUUUUGAUCCCAUUGAGAUUGUUAAACCUCUGUCUCCACACAACUUAUCAGUCAACUCGGGAAUACUGCCUACUGUUCUGAAGCUUUCUUGGGAGGAUCGGAUUUCGGCAGCUGUGAUGAAGCUGAAAUUCAAUAUUCGCUAUAGGAUCACUGGUGACCCAAACUGGAUGCAGGUUCCUCCUGAAGAUACAGCUUCACCAAGAACUUCAUUCAGUGUUCAAGGGCUCAGACCCUACACAGAGUAUGUCUUUUCAAUUCGUUGCAUGAAGGAAGAUGGAGUGGGCUACUGGAGUGACUGGAGUGAAGAAAAAACCGGGGUCACCACUGAAGACA